AUGGGUGCAACCCCACCUGUCCUUGAAAGCCUGCUCAAGGAGGAACGGACCCAGGGCUUCCAAAAGGCAGCGGUCGAAGCUGCCGGCCUCCACCCAGGAAGCCCAUAUUCACGCCUGGGGACCGUCAUGGAAAGCCCCCCAACGGCAAGCGUCCUGCUGGGGCAGAGCGGGGCAGGCUUGGCGCAUGGGCGCCCGUGGUGUGGGCGCCCGGGAGCUGCGCCCCCCCCCCCCGCCGCCAUUCCGGCCACGACGGCCGUUGCCCUCCGAGCGCUAAGGGCCACUGCGGCCCUGGCGCCUCCUCCGCCCGGCCAAGGACCCUUCCUCCGGGGCCGGAUGGCGCCCUGCGGAGCUGGGGUCUCCGGGGGCCGGAGCCGCCGCCGGCGGAGGCGCAGAGGAAGGAGCGCCCAGGGCGGCGAGCUGGCAGGAGAGCGCAGCGACCCCCGACGUGCCGCCGCCAGCCCGCCUCUCGCCGGGACGCGACGCGUCGGCCGGGCGCGGAGCUGCUGCUGCUGCUGCUGCGGGGCGCCGAGGAUGGGGCGCCCGGUCCCGCUGGUGCUGCUGGUGCUGCUGUGGCGUCCGUGCCUCUGCUCGGGUCCCUGCGAGCCCAAUGCCUUCCGCAAGGACCCCUCCGACAGAUACUGCGUGGCCUGCCGAGUCUGCGACGGAGAAAACCGGGCGUACGCACAGCCCUGUUCCCAGAACGCCGACGCUGUUUGCAGAUGCCUCUACGGACACACGUGUGUAGAGGCAGUGGAGGAGUGCCACACGUGUCAUUGUGCACCUGGGAAGGAGAACACAGAUCAAGGUUGCCAAAGUUGUCGUGAAGGAACUUUUUACAAUCACACCAAUGGUAAAUGCCAGCCAUGGAGUCAGUGUCCCGGCAAUAAGAUCUUGACUCCUGGGACAAAGGAGAAGGACGUGGUUUGCAAGCCAGAGCUGAAAGGCCCCUCCCAGCCCCCCAUGGACGUCGUGGUCGUCUCCACUAAACUUCCAGAAAUGGAGAGCCAGCUGAUCCCCGUCAGCGUCGCCCUGCUCCUGGCCCUGCUCCUGUUUGCCUUUAUCCUGCUGCUGUCCUGCCUCUUCUUCCGAUCCCGGGCCCUCAGGAAGCUCCUGACACUGCCCCAUGGGCAGUUGGCCCAGGAGGUGGACGACUGCAGCUACCGCUACCCAGAGGAAGAACAGGGAGGGAGCAGUGAAUCCACAGAAGGACCGAAGGAGGAGCUACUGGAAAACAUCCCUUAAUGGGUCACACAACUGGCUUCCUCUGCCAAAUGAAGGACGCCAAAGGCAAACCCUGCCAAAUCUACCUCUGGAAAUUAUCCCUGGUUCCCUGCCAGAAACAGAGAUGGCCCUUCAAGGAGCUCCAAAAACGUUCAUCCUCAACUUAUAUGGAGGCUUGUAGUAAAUUGAAACUGGCUGAUCUCAGACAGCACAGCCUUCGCUGUCCUCUCUUGUAAAGCCCAACUGGGGCUUUCUUUUGAAAAUGCACACUGGAAUUGCCUCCCCGAAGAGGCGGCUGCACUUUGCUUUGGGCUUAGCUCAGACUCAUUUGGGGCGGAGGGGGAGUCAAGGUGGGGAAAGAGCCCCAGGGGGGACGUCUUUUGCACUGUGCAAAGGUCUCCUCUCCUAGAACGUGGGGGGUGAAAAUGUGCAGCUGACAUUCAAGUGACCUUUAAGUGAAAGCCCACACCUCCGCCUGCUGCAGAAGUGCCCCUGCCGUGAUGCAGGAGAUGGUGGCCACCCCAAGGCUCACAGGGUGGGGUGGGGGGGCACACAAAGAAACGGAGCCAUUCCCCAGAUGCGAUCCGGCAGGAGGCGCUGCUCUGGCUCAGCUGCCCUCCUCGUCGCUGCUUGGGCCAGGGCAGUGCCAACGGACCGUGUCUCCCUUUCGUGGUUGGGGUUGUGCUUCAUGGGCUGCGGUGCCCUGUCAGCCUCCGUCUCUCCAUCCCCUUCCACCGUGGAGCGGGCAGCAGCCCAAAGGCCGCGCAGCACGCCAUGGCUCCUCACCCGUUUCCGAUACGUGGCCUUCCUCCCACCUGGCAGCAGCUCUCGCCAAGCCCCUGUGAAAGAGCUGCUCACAUUUCUCAAAUGACUCACGCAGAGCCACGUCCUGCGCGUCACCUCUUUCGUGAACCGCU